GCCGGAAGUGCACCCGCGUCCGCUGGGCGCCGCGGGCGGAGGGACGCGCGGAGAUGACGCAGGCAGCACCGGAAGCCGCUCCCCUGUGAGGUUGCAGACCCCGAGCGGCGGCCGCUGGUCCAGGCGCCAUGGCUGCGGAGCGGACCCGGCCGCUGCGAGGCUCUGGCGGCCCGAGCGCGCCUAGUCGGUGUGAGCCCGGCGCGAGGUCCCGGGCCCCGGGGCGCUCGCUCAGGUAAAUUUUUCCAUAACCUUAUGGAGAGAAAGGACUUUGAGACAUGGCUUGAUAACAUUUCUGUUACAUUUCUUUCUCUGACGGACUUGCAGAAAAAUGAAACUCUGGAUCACCUGAUUAGUCUGAGUGGGGCAGUCCAGCUCAGGCAUCUCUCCAAUAACCUGGAGACUCUCCUCAAGCGGGACUUCCUCAAACUCCUUCCCCUGGAGCUCAGUUUUUAUUUGUUAAAAUGGCUCGAUCCUCAGACUUUACUCACAUGCUGCCUCGUCUCUAAACAGUGGAAUAAGGUGAUAAGUGCCUGUACAGAGGUGUGGCAGACUGCGUGUAAAAAUUUGGGCUGGCAGAUAGAUGAUUCUGUUCAGGACGCUUUGCACUGGAAGAAGGUUUAUUUGAAGGCUAUUUUGAGAAUGAAGCAACUGGAGGACCAUGAAGCCUUUGAGACCUCAUCGUUAAUUGGACACAGUGCCAGAGUGUAUGCACUUUACUACAAGGAUGGACUUCUCUGUACAGGGUCAGAUGACUUGUCUGCAAAACUGUGGGAUGUGAGCACAGGACAGUGCGUUUAUGGCAUCCAGACCCACACUUGUGCAGCAGUGAAAUUUGAUGAGCAGAAGCUUGUGACAGGCUCCUUUGACAACACUGUGGCCUGCUGGGAAUGGAGUUCUGGAGCCAGGACCCAGCACUUCCGGGGGCACACAGGGGCGGUGUUUAGCGUUGACUACAAUGAUGAACUGGAUAUCUUGGUGAGUGGCUCUGCAGACUUCACUGUGAAAGUAUGGGCUUUAUCUGCUGGGACGUGCCUGAACACACUCACCGGGCACACGGAAUGGGUCACCAAGGUGGUUUUGCAGAAGUGUAAAGUCAAGUCUCUUUUGCACAGCCCUGGAGACUACAUACUCUUAAGUGCGGACAAAUAUGAGAUCAAGAUUUGGCCGAUUGGGAGAGAAAUUAACUGCAAGUGCUUGAAGACAUUGUCUGUCUCUGAGGACAGGAGUAUCUGCCUGCAGCCAAGACUUCAUUUUGAUGGCAAAUACAUUGUCUGUAGUUCCGCGCUGGGUCUCUACCAGUGGGACUUUGCCAGUUAUGAUAUUCUCAGGGUCAUCAAGACUCCUGAGAUAGCAAACUUGGCCUUGCUUGGCUUUGGAGAUAUCUUUGCCCUGCUGUUUGACAACCGCUACCUGUAUAUCAUGGACUUGCGGACAGAGAGCCUGAUUAGCCGCUGGCCUCUGCCAGAGUACAGGAAAUCAAAGAGAGGCUCAAGCUUCCUGGCGGGCGAAGCAUCCUGGCUCAAUGGACUGGAUGGGCACAAUGACACGGGCUUGGUCUUUGCCACCAGCAUGCCUGACCACAGUAUUCACCUGGUGUUGUGGAAGGAGCACGGCUGACGCCACGAGCUUACCACCGCUGACUUGACUUUGGGUGCCGGGGCUGCGGGUUUUCAGUGCAACCUCUGUGGCAGCCGACUGCAUGAACCAAAGUUCUCACCUAAUGGUAUCAUCGCGCAGUGCACAAUCAUUUAUCCAUGUUUGCCAGGGGGCCAGGGCUCGGGGCGGGGGAGGGCUUGUUUUAUUGACAUACAGCACAGCAUGCUAGUGGGGGUACGCCAUUGACUUCAUUUGUACUUAGUUAUGUUGGUCAGUAGAAGAGGAUGCAUUUUGGGUUCAUCUUUCUUGAAUAUUGGUUUUAAGUAAAGAAAGUUAAAUGGCUCAUUAAUCUGCUAAUUGGUUGCCUAUAAAAACACAUUCAGUCUGUUAUUAAAGCUUUUUACCAUCGCCUUUUUUUCUUUUGAAGUUGAAGCAAAGGUGCUAUGAUGUUGUUCCAGCAACUUCUCUCACGUGGGGCUUAGCUUUUAUAAUAGCCAGUGUUACAAAGACCACUGAGUCCUGUGACAUUCAUAAACUCUCCACCACAUACCAGUUCUAAAGAAGGUCUGUCUUCCAGGGCGUAUCAAGUUCUAUAAAUUGUUCACAACACAUUCUAAACCCUAGUACUUGGCAGAGUCAGGGUUGGCCAGGUCUGAGAUGUAAGGGAGUUCUAUGGUUUUCGUUUCCGUGUGGAGCAAGCUGGCCAUCGGUCCCCUGCCGCCUGGGUGAGUGCACACAGGUGACCGGUACAGUAGAAAGGGCGCUGAGCUGGAAGGUCGAAGACUGGCCCUGUUACCUAGGAACCCUGCGACCUCACUAUAUCACUUCCCUGGGCCCCAUUUUCCCUGUCUGUAUAGCCAGGUGUUACGCUAAGUGAUUUCUGAGGUUUUGGUCCUGCAUCUACUGAAGUGUGGGCAAAAGUUGGUAUUUCAGUUUUGUCUGAUUCAUGGUUUCUUUUGGGUUGAAGAUAAUAGUUAAAUGAAAUCAUUGGUACAGAGUUAAUUAUCUAUAAGGGAGUCAGAUGGACCCAGGGGAAAUGUAGAAAAUGUAACAGAUUCCCUAGAAUGUUAGCAUUUGGAUGUUAGCAGAUUGGAUGUUAGCAAGAUGUUAGCAACUGGAUGAAAUGCUGAGGAGAAUCUUGGUUCUUUAAAAAGACAGUGGGCUGUCUUCGAAGGAAAGGUACCUGAACCUACCUUGUUCUUCCUCCUUUGCCUCUAACUUGACACGUGGCUUCAGGCUGGUUAACUUUUUAUCUCUGGGCCUAGAUUAGGGUUUACAAACUCAGAUGCCCAGGGCAGCCAUGCAGAUAACAUAAAUGGCUGAAAGGCGUUAGGGUUGUGCUGAAUCACGGAAAGCGUAUUUAAUGGGGCAGUUACUCAGCUCUCAGUGGUGGUGGGUCUUCACGAUUUCUUUAAGAGGGAGUAGAAAUCCAGAUCUUUAUUUGAAACCUCCUGAUCUUUGAAAUGUUGACAACUAAUUGUAGAUAGUGUAAAAUACAAUGAGCUAAACCAAGCAUGUCUAUGGGCUAUCAGUUUGCAUCCUCUACCCUGUCAUUCCUGUAAAGUUAGGUAAUUCUGUGAUCCGAAACGGGAGUGUUUUGACAUCAUCGUCACAACAUUAGGGACAAAGUAGAGGGAGCGAGCUGUAGGACAAUUCAGCUGUUUCCCAUUGUGUUACAGGAAAGUGAGGGGGCGCGUUUCAUCCGCGGGCCAACAGGAAAGUAGUUUGAAGGUGAACAUACGAACUGGAACCCCAUUUGCAGCCUCCACCUGGGAAUAUGUUAUUUGUUCUUGCUGACGCGAAUAUGAAAGCCUGUCCGUUUUACAGGUGGGAGAAAGGCUCCCGGCAGAGCUGAGAAUGAUGCCAGCCCUGGUGGGGACCCAGCCCUCCCACAUUCCGCAGUAGCACAGAGCCCGACGGUGACCUCUGAAGGCCUUCGUAAAGUUAAUAUUCUAGAGAAUUCGUGUUUGGCUUCAAGGACAGGUUUAGUUAAUAUUCUUGUUGAGACUGUAAGGGGAUGAGGGAAAAGGGUAAUGUGUUCUCCAUCCCCAAAGGCCAUGGGUUCUGUGCGUGGGCUCCGCUCCGUCUUCCAAGAACCGGAACCAGAAUUGCGGCCGGAACCGAUUUCACAGGGGCCUCAGGAGACUUUGGGCGGUGAUGAGGGCAAAUGACUUUUUCCUCUUCCUCCAACCUGAACAAAUAACUGAGAUUGCAGAUCUGAUGGCCAUCCCUACGCCCACCUCACUCUCAGAUAUAUCCAGCAGGAAUUAUAGUCAUUUGUGGGAAUUUUUUUUUUUUUUUUUUUUAAUGACUGACCCCCUACUUUUACGGCACGUCCCAUUUCAAUUUUCAGCGGACACCGAAGUUCCCAUCAGGUAGCGUGGCGCAGCUGGUUGGGACAGCAGUACUUGAGGCAGUGGUUGGAGUCCUCACUUAGAUUCCUCCUCACCAAAGGCCUUCGUUCCACCUGAGCGGGUUAUUUCAGUGCUUUAUAGAUGCCGGAUUUAGCCAUACAAUGGCUGGCUUUUGUGAAAAUGAAGAGCUAACGGGUCCUUUGAAAGAAUAAAGCAAACUGGAGCAUCAGAGGGUGGGGAGGAGGUAGCUAAAGCUGUAGUUUCUUAGUCCCCUUUCAUUGCCUUACAAGGUUGUCUUCCCCGCUCCCUGACUUGCGCUCCCUUAGCUCGGAGGGGAGGCAGCUGCCUUUUCCUCUUCUGUGAACAUGCUCAUUUCUGAAAAAUUCGCAAGUCCUGAGCACAUAGACUCCAUCCUUUCUUGAUGAGCGUUGGAUUUCUUGAGUGAAGAUGUGUGGUGAGAGGGAGGGGCUCCUCACCUCUCAGCUCCAUAAGGGUGGGGCUGGGGGUCCAGGAGAGCUGAGGGAGUGGGAAGUUCUAACAUUCCAAAGCAAAGUCAUUUCCUCCAGCCCCGUUGUUUGAAGUAAGAAGUCAUUCGGCAAAACUGAUACCAGGCUGACCUUCAGACCUGUCAGAGGAAUAGGAAGGAAGCCUUCUUUUCAGGGGUGGGGCUAGACUUUGAAAAGUUCCAUGGGAAGGUGCACACGUUUGGAUAGCUUUUUAUAAGUGGAAGGUAGGGAAUAAAUACUGUUACUAAAUUUUAGAUCGCACCUCAUUUUUCACAGUUAAAAAAGACCCUUGUGGCCAUUGCAGACACUCGGCGAAGUGUGGAUGAGGGUGAUGUAAUCAUUCCAGAGUUUACGCUCGGGAGAGUGGUCACUACUCUGCAUUUGUAAAACCCCUUCGGGAGAAAAGAAAUAUUUUUGUAAACGGUAUCAUUUUAGACAAGAAGUGGCUUGUUCGGUUCGGCAUUUCGACCUAACCGAAAUGGCGAAGGAUGGAGGUGCAGCCGGGUUUUCCGCCGCUGCUCUGGCCAAACGCGGCCAGCUCCUCGAAGCGGGGCCAGUGCACCCUGGCUUCUUGGGGGCCUGGAGGUGAAGCUUCCACCGUCACUGACUCUACCAGUCUCGGGGCCUCUGCUUGGCCUCUGGCAGGCCUGGGCGACCUGCAGGUGCCCCCCUCAGUCGGGAAGCGCGCAGAAUCAGAUCACUGCUCUAGGAUGCCGUCUGGGGCGGGCCACACGGUCCCCUUUGCCUUUAGGGACACAGGAUUUGUCAGGGCAGGAGGGAAGCUCUUGAGGUCUGUCCCCGUGACACAGCCUUCCUACCUGGUUAUGCCGGUGCUGGCCACGAUAUUUGCAAGACACCCGAGACACCCCAGAGGAUUACGCGGCCCACUAGAGUGUGAUGGCAAGAGCAGGUUAGCGUCUUGGGCAGAAAUGCCCACUAGGUGUCUUUGGCAGCGUGGGAGCAGAGGGUCGGUCCCUUGUGCCUACUCUAGGAAAGUGUUCCCCAGAAUAAAUCCUCCGGUGGAGUCCUGGGUAGUCUUUGUACCACUCCCUUAUCAGGCUGAAUGAUCGUGCUCCGUUCAAACGGGUGUUGGCUGUCGAGUUGUUUCAGGGUGUCUCCGGUCUUCCUACGACAGGGGACUUCGGUUGCUUCCAGUUAGUAUUACGGUCCUGACGAGUCGUAACCCCGUGCUGUCGUCGCCGCCUAGAGAACCCAGCCAUGUCUGCGCUUCAUGAAUGUGCUCAGAGAAAAAUGUUUUUGCAUAUUUCAACCUGGAAAACUAUUAACGCAGAUGACAAAAGCUCACAAUUACCCUGUGUCCCUCUACUCACAUUGUGAACAGACGCAUUUCGACUAAUUUAGACUUCGUACUCUCGACGAGCGCUCAGGUUGAAAAAGGCUGGUCUCACCAAUCCGACGUCUGUAGCAACGUGGUCAAAAUGUAUCUUCUCAUGUUUCACUAAUUUGAUGUCUAUUGUGAUCUAGGGGGAAGGAGGUGAAGUUUGUAUCUGAAGUGUCUGUGGGGUGGGAGGAGAAAGGGACUGUGUGAGCAGAUAGUGGAGAGAAUGUGGGACAAGAUGUCUUUAGAAGAUGAGAAGUUACUUUCACGCAUCGUAUGGAAGCAUUCUACUGUGAGUGAUUGUGCUAACUAUAAAUCAUUGAUGUCUAUACAUUAAGGCAGGUUCUCUCAAUUAGGCAACAUUUGGUUAGUCAAGUCCAAGUUAUUGUUUGUACUUGAAAGUAAUAAAGCUGCGUUUCCUUAAAAAUACA